GGAGGACCCUUCGGACCAGACCAGACCAGAGAGAGAGUUUUAGAGAGAGAAACUUGAGAGAGACAAAGAAGCGUAAGCUAAUGUAGAGAGCAAAAGACACAUAAAUAAGCAAAAUAUAUGUAGAGAGAGAAAGAGCCUUAAACUUGCUUUCGUAUAUAAGCUUCACACCUCAUUUCUUAGAGAGAGAAAACAAAAAGGGCCUCUCUUUACGUCUUUACCAGGCUCAAAAAAACCAUCAUCAGGAAAAAAAAAAAAGGCUUUGUUUUCUGCUAUUUAUCAACAUCUUGGCUGAAAUUUCGAAGCUACAAGUCCGUGUUCGCUCCGAUCUGACUAGCUGAGUUGGCGGUGUUGUUUGUCUCCUUCUCUUUUAUUGAUGAGGUGAAGGGAAAGAGAUCGAAAUUUAGACUCAUCAAUGGCAACAGCCGUUAACAUUAUUGUUGGUUCUCAUGUAUGGGUCGAAGAUCCAGUCUUGGCCUGGAUUGAUGGAGAAGUAACCCGAAUCAAUGGUCAAGAUGUUCACAUUCGUAUUACAAAUGGAAAAACAGUUGUCACAAAUAUCUCAAAAGUGUUUCCGAAGGAUACUGAAGCGCCUCCCGGAGGUGUAGAUGACAUGACCAAGCUUUCAUAUCUGCACGAACCCGGAGUUCUACAAAACCUGGCCACAAGAUAUGAACUUAAUGAAAUUUAUACCUAUACUGGAAAUAUUUUGAUUGCAAUUAAUCCGUUUCAAAGACUACCUCAUCUGUAUGAUACGCACAUGAUGGACCAAUAUAAAGGAGCAGCAUUUGGAGAGCUAAGUCCUCAUGUUUUUGCAGUUGCUGAUGUUGCGUACAGGGCAAUGAUCAAUGAGGGAAAGAGCAACUCAAUUUUAGUUAGUGGAGAAAGUGGUGCCGGUAAGACUGAAACAACAAAGAUGCUUAUGAGAUAUCUUGCAAAUCUAGGUGGUCGGUCUGGAGUAGAAGGACGGACAGUCGAACAACAAGUUUUGGAAUCCAAUCCAGUUCUUGAAGCAUUUGGCAAUGCCAAAACUGUCAGGAAUAACAACUCAAGCCGAUUUGGUAAAUUUGUUGAGAUACAAUUUGAUAAGAAUGGGAGGAUAUCAGGAGCAGCCAUACGAACUUAUCUUCUUGAGAGAUCUCGUGUUUGCCAAAUUUCAGACCCUGAAAGAAACUACCACUGCUUUUAUCUUCUUUGUGCAGCACCACCUGAGGAAAGAGAAAAGUAUAAGUUGGGAAGCCCUAGAUCAUUCCGUUAUUUAAAUCAAUCCAAUUAUUAUGAGCUUGAUGGAGUGGAUGAUGCUCAUGAAUAUCUUGCCACAAGAAGGGCAAUGGAUAUAGUUGGAAUAAGCGAGGAAGAGCAGGAAGCAAUUUUCAGGGUUGUGGCUGCAAUUCUUCAUCUUGGUAAUAUUGAAUUUGCAAAGGGAAAGGAGAUUGACUCUUCUGUGAUCAAGGAUGAAAAAUCUAGGUUCCAUCUUAAUACCACUGCUGAAUUGCUCAAGUGUGAUUGCAAGAGCUUGGAAGAUGCUCUGAUUAAGCGUGUGAUGGUGACACCUGAGGAAGUUAUUACAAGAACUCUUGAUCCGGAAGCUGCUUUGGAUAGCAGGGAUGCUUUUGCUAAAACCAUAUACUCCCGUUUGUUUGACUGGAUUGUGGAAAAGAUAAACAUUUCGAUUGGGCAGGAUCCAAACUCAAAAUCACUUAUUGGGGUCCUUGAUAUAUAUGGGUUUGAAAGUUUUAAGCAAAACAGUUUUGAGCAGUUCUGUAUCAAUUUUACUAAUGAAAAACUGCAACAACAUUUUAACCAGCAUGUGUUCAAGAUGGAACAAGAAGAUUACGAGAGGGAGCAAAUAAAUUGGAGCUACAUAGAGUUUGUUGAUAACCAGGAUGUGCUCGAUCUGAUUGAGAAGAAACCUGGAGGAAUUAUUGCACUUCUAGAUGAAGCCUGCAUGUUUCCUAAAUCUACUCAUGAAACAUUUGCUCAGAAGUUAUAUCAGACAUUUACGAAAAACAAGCGUUUCAUCAAACCUAAGCUCUCUCGCACUAGUUUUACAAUUUCUCACUAUGCAGGCGAGGUGACUUAUCUUGCCGAUCUGUUUCUAGACAAAAACAAAGAUUAUGUGGUGGCAGAACAUCAGGAUCUUUUAACGGCCUCCAAGUGCCCCUUUGUGGCUGGUUUAUUUCCUCCCCUUCCGGAAGAAUCAUCAAAGUCAUCUAAGUUUUCUUCCAUUGGGUCGCGCUUUAAGCUGCAACUUCAAUCUUUGAUGGAGACCUUGAAUUCGACAGAACCUCACUACAUCAGAUGUGUGAAACCAAACAAUGUCCUCAAGCCUGCUAUCUUUGAGAACCUGAAUAUAAUUCAACAAUUGCGCUGUGGUGGUGUUCUCGAGGCAAUCAGGAUCAGUUGUGCUGGAUACCCCACUAGACGAACAUUUUAUGAGUUCCUUCUCCGUUUUGGUGUUCUUGCUCCAGAAGUUUUAGAAGGAAACCAUGAUGACAAGGUUGCAUGUCAAAUGAUUUUGGACAAAAUGGCAUUAAAAGGUUAUCAGAUAGGCAAGACAAAGGUCUUCCUACGAGCUGGUCAGAUGGCAGAGCUAGAUGCAAGGAGGGCAGAGGUUCUUGGAAAUGCAGCUAAAAUCAUUCAACGGCAAAUUCGUACUUACAUUGCUCGCAAGGAGUUUAUCUCAUUACGCCAAGCUGCCAUUCAACUGCAGUCAUGUUGGCGAGGUAUGUUGGCUUGCAAACUAUAUGACGAAUUGCGUCGGGAAGCAGCUGCUCUCAAGAUUCAAAAGAACUUCCGAUGUUACAUGGCUAGGAAAUCUUACUUAACAGUGAGGUUGGCUGCAAUCACAUUGCAGGCAGGCAUGAGGGCUAUGACAGCUCGCAAUGAAUUCAGAUAUAGAAAACAAACUAAGGCUGCCAUUAAAAUCCAGGCCCAUUGGCGUUGCAACAGAGCGUAUUCUUACUACAAGAGUCUUCAAAGGGCUUCUAUUGUUACUCAAUGUGGUUGGAGACAACGGGUUGCUCGGAGAGAGCUUCGGAACCUUAAAAUGGCUGCAAGGGAAACAGGCGCCCUCAAAGAAGCAAAAGACAAGCUAGAAAAGCGUGUGGAAGAACUUACAUGGCGGUUGCAGCUUGAGAAGCAAUUAAGGACUAAUUUGGAAGAAAUCAAAUCCCAAGAAGUUGCCAAAUUACAUGAGGCUUUGCAUGCAAUGCAAAUACAAGUAGAAGAAGCAAAUUCCAGAAUUAUCAAAGAACGAGAGGCUGCACGGAAAGCUAUAGAAGAAGCUCCUCCAGUCAUUAAAGAGACCCCUGUUAUAGUUCAAGACACAGAAAAGGUUGAUGCAUUAACAGCUGAGGUAGAGAGCUUGAAGGCUUUGCUACUAUCAGAGAAGCAGGUUACAGAAGAGGCUAGAAAGGCUUUUGCAGAUGCUGAGAGUAAGAAUGCAGCGCUGGUUACAAAACUUGAAGACACAGAGCGAAAAGUAGAUCAGCUUCAAGAUUCUGUGCAGAGGCUUGAGGAAAAACUUUCUAAUAGUGAGUCGGAGAAUCAAGUACUUCGUCAGCAAGCACUGACCAUAUCACCAACUGGAAAAGCUUUAUCUGCACGACCAAAAACAACAAUUAUUCAUAGAACUCCGGAGAAUGGAAAUGUGCUGAAUGGAGAAACAAAAUUUGCACCUGACAUGACUCUUGCUGUAUCAAAUCCACGGGAGCCUGAAUCUGAAGAAAAACCACAGAAAUCCCUUAAUGAAAAGCAGCAGGAGAACCAAGAUCUACUGAUCAAGUGUAUUUCACAAGAUUUAGGGUUUUCUGGAGGCAAACCUGUUGCUGCUUGUGUCAUAUACAAAUGCCUUCUCCACUGGAGGUCAUUUGAAGUUGAAAGAACUAGUGUGUUUGACCGUAUAAUCCAGACUAUAGCUUCAGCCAUAGAGGUCCAGGAUAAUAAUGACAUGUUAGCUUACUGGUUGUGCAAUACGUCCACAUUGUUGAUGCUACUCCAACACACACUCAAAGCAAGUGGAGCAGCUAGCUUGACUCCACAACGCCGGAGAUCAUCAUCAGCUUCUCUCUUCGGGAGGAUGUCCCAAGGAUUGCGAGCAUCUCCACAGAGUGCUGGGCUCUCAUUUCUCAAUGGUCGAGUGCUUGGUAGAUUGGACGACUUACGUCAAGUUGAGGCAAAAUAUCCAGCUUUGCUGUUUAAACAACAGCUUACUGCUUUCCUUGAGAAAAUAUAUGGAAUGAUAAGAGACAAUUUAAAGAAAGAAAUUUCCCCAUUGCUUGGGUUAUGUAUUCAGGCACCUAGGACAUCUCGUGCUGGUUUGAUAAAGGGGCGUUCACAAGCUAAUGCUGUUGCUCAACAAACUCUGAUCGCUCAUUGGCAGAGCAUUGUGAAAAGCCUAAAUAAUUACUUGAAGACAAUGAAAGCAAACUAUGCUCCCCCCUUCUUAGUUCACAAAGUGUUCACUCAAAUAUUUUCAUUUGUCAAUGUUCAGCUAUUUAACAGUCUUCUUUUGCGACGUGAAUGUUGCUCAUUCAGUAACGGAGAGUAUGUAAAAGCAGGGUUGGGCGAAUUAGAGCAAUGGUGUUGCUAUGCAACUGAGGAAUAUGUAGGCUCAGCUUGGGAUGAAUUGAAGCAUAUUAGACAGGCUGUUGGAUUCCUAGUUAUACAUCAAAAACCCAAAAAGACUUUGAAUGAGAUAACGAAUGAACUGUGCCCUGUGCUCAGCAUUCAACAAUUAUACAGGAUCAGUACUAUGUACUGGGAUGACAAAUAUGGCACCCACAGUGUAUCUUCAGAUGUUAUUUCGAGUAUGAGGGUUCUGAUGACAGAGGACUCUAACAGUGCUGUUAGCAGUUCGUUUUUAUUGGAUGAUGACUCGAGCAUCCCAUUCUCUGUGGAUGACAUAUCCAAGUCAAUGCAACAAGUAGACAUAGCUGAUAUUGAACCUCCGCCAUUAAUCCGUGAAAACUCUGGUACAUCUCAUUCCAUGAGACUGCGAGACAUCUCGUGUAGUGGAUUGCUAAUGCAGAAGAUAAUUGAUGGAAAUGAAGGAGGGUUUAUAUUCAAUAGGGUGCUUGUUAACAGAAAUCAGAGGCCAAUUGAUGCAAACGGUUGCAGGCUUGCAGCUAACCGGAUGUUUCUGCACAAAAUCUAG